AUCUAAAAGUAAGUAGGAAGUGGAAAAUGUAGAGGUGAUCAUUUCCCGUCAAGUUUGACAGCGACAUACAUGGGGGUUGUUCCCGCUGGAGUGGAAAGCACCACAAAAGCCAAGGACUUUUUUUUCAGUAAAAGUUGGGCGAGAAAGACGGGAAAGAGUUUAGAGGAGAUUAACAGUGAAAGGAAAUGAAUAUCAUGACAGACAAUUUCUGCCUUUAUUGGACAGCACAGACCGCAAAAGAACAAAGUAGAAAAGAGAGGUUUUUGAAAAAAAUCGGGACAGAUACAGAUGUGAAUAAUGAACAGAUAAUGUGUUUGAGAUCUUGAGGGUUUCCUGGGUGGGGUCUUUUUCUUAGAUAACAUUUCGGUGUGACGAAUAACAAUGUGACGUAGGUGUUGUCAGACGAUGUCUCUGAUUAACAGUGAGCAACUUCUUUAGUUCCUGUAUGCAAACACAGCAAAAGUGUGUGUCUGCAUGAAAGUUGGCUAAAGGUCUGUUAGGCAAGGAGUGGACAAAAAAAAAAUUGAAUUGAAAAAACAGCACCCAGUACAACACAGUAACUACAGUCUGUUAAUGCUUGUCUUUUUUUAAUUCUUAUGUUUUACAUGUUGAUUUAACUAAGUGUUUGCAACCAGGUCUCUGACAUGAAUUUGGGCAGGUUUACUGAUUUGAUGCAUCAGGAAAACCAUCCACCAACUAUCUGGCUGAUAUAUACCUCCGUUUUUGUGGUUCCGUUAUCUCUGAUACUGAUUGAUAUUCAUCUUAAUAUGACUCAUUUGCCCAGCUGCCUUAGUUGCUGCCUGAGCUGCUGUGGCAUCAGUCACAAACAUCACAAAAUUAUAUAAUGUGGAAAACGCAAAAUAGUCUUUAAAAAAAAAAGAGUUGGGAUUCCAGAUAUAUUACACUGAAUUUCCACAAUGCGUGCAGACGAUGUGUAGGUCAGCCUGCUGCCACAGGAUGGCAGUGUUCAGUUAGAUGCAGGGUCACCCCUUCACUCCAGUCCUCCACACUCAGAUGCACGCAUGCAUUUAUAUGUGUAUAUGAGUAUGUACUUGAGACACAACACAGCAAGAUAAGUAGUAGUCUGCCAGAGAAAUACAUUAAAAAAAGAGCAUGAUGCAGUCACAUAUAUACACAGUACAUGAUUUUAUAUUUGUUUCUUUGGAAUACACGUAAAGUACAAAGCCUAAAAGUCUCUAGCCUCUCUAGCGGUUUCUAGCAGAGCCAAGCGGAAGAGGACAGAAAGAACUGUUGAUGAAUCUGUAAGUCUGGUGGCUCCAUACCAUAACGAUGAAUCACUUUCUCUGUAAAUGAAUGAGUAAUGCUGUGGCUUCAUAGUCAGAAGCCACUCUUUCUGAAUCAGUACUUUCUAAAACCAACAGUCGCACGGUUGUCACCCAAGGGUACACAAACCUAAAACAAGCACUUAAGCACCGUAGACCUUUCAGUAUGUCUCAUGGAGAACUGUGUGUAACUUACUGUUGAGUUCUCAUGAUACAGAAAGGUGAGCUCUUUCCUUGCCCUUCCAUGUGACCUUGCAUGUCUCAUGGGAAUGCUCAGCAUAAAAAAACAGUAAGAGCUAGCCUUUUGAUGUCUAAUUCAUUGGUUGGAUAUGUGCUCCAACCCUUAUUUGGGCCAUUAAAAGGUUUAAUUUAAAACAUAUAUGGAAAAAGACUUUAAGCAGAGGAAACAGGUUGCCUUUUGCUGAAGCAAAACAAUCUCACCUCAAGGCCCAUUUAGUAGCUGCUGUGGAGCUUUCAAUCAUAUCACAUGUUCUUCAUCAGGCAAUUGUGUUUGCCCAGUUGCUAUGGAAUUGUAGAUGUUUCAUUUUUUUAUGAGCACUUCUACUUCUGUUUCCAUGCUCAAAAAUGUAUUUUUACUUUCAUGCUAAGGUAAUGGCAAAGUCCAAGUUUGUGCGUGUUACACCUCACAAUACUGGGCACGCUAAGAGAUCCAUCAAAAAUAACAAAGCACUUAUGAAAUGUCCAAGUCUACUUUAUUUUACAUUAUAUGGAUCUAAACCAUCAAAAGUUAUCAUACCUUUACCUUCAUAAAGUCUGUUUUUCUUUUUAGUACUGACUACACAUCUAUUGCAGUGAUUGGUAUAACAGUGGUAAAGUACAGUUUAUACAGUUGCUUUGGAGUAUUAUUUUUUUUCUUGAUGAACACCUUUCAGUAGCCAUUUAUUAACAUGUGCCCUGGGAGAAUAAUUAGCUCCCACUGUUGUGAAAUGCACAGUGGGAGGAUCAGUGUAGGACAGGUUCACCACCACAGCUGGAUUUGAGUAGUUUGAGACAUUGGCUGCACCAGUCUGCUGUCAUUUUAUUCUUGCAUUUCUGUAGAAUUUAGCUAACAGUCAUGGCAAAAGCCUCAGGGCAGCGCUCGUACCUGGUUCUGGAGAACUACAUCGGAGGAAAGUUUGUCUCUUGUCGGAAUCACAUUGACUCCUACGACCCAUCCACAGGAGAGGUCUACUGCAAAGUUCCUGACAGCGGCAAGGAGGAGGUGGAGGCAGCAGUGGUAGCGGCUAAAGGGGCCUUCCCUGACUGGUCGGCCCGCAGCCCAGAGCAGCGAGCGCAGGUCCUCAACAAGCUGGCUGACCUGAUCGAUGCCCACCUGGAGGAGUUUGCCCAAGCUGAGUCCAGAGACCAAGGUAAAACAGUAACAUUUGCUCGGACUGUGGACAUUCCCCGAUCGGCACACAACUUCCGCUUCUUUGCGUCAUCGGUGCUCCACCACACCACAGACUGCAGCCAGAUGGACCACAUGGGCUGCCUCAACUACACCAUCCGCUGUCCAGUGGGAGUUGCUGGUCUGAUCAGUCCCUGGAACCUCCCCCUGUACCUGCUGACCUGGAAGAUUGCGCCGGCAAUUGCUACAGGAAAUACGGUCGUGGCCAAACCCAGCGAGAUGACCUCUGUGACAGCCUGGAUGAUGUGCAAGUUGAUGCAGCAAGCUGGUGUUCCUCCAGGAGUAGUCAACAUCGUGUUUGGCACUGGUCCGAAAGCAGGUGGCGCCCUCGUUGGCCACCCUGACAUCCCACUGGUCUCCUUCACUGGUUCCACGGCAACUGCUCAGCGUAUCACAGAGUGUAGUGCCCCCUACUGUAAGAAGCUCUCACUGGAGCUGGGUGGUAAAAACCCUGCCAUUAUUUUUGCUGAUGCAGACCUGGACCAGUGCAUAGAGACCACAGUUCGCUCCAGCUUCUCCAAUCAGGGUGAAAUCUGUUUGUGCACCAGUAGGAUUUAUGUAGAGAGAAGUAUCUACUCUGAAUUCCUGGAAAGGUUUGUGGCUGCAGCUAAGAAGUGGAAGACCGGUGUGCCUUCUGACCCCAGCAACAACAACGGAGCUCUCAUCAGCAAAGAGCACCUGGAAAAGGUUCGAAGCUUUGUAGCACUUGCCAAAUCUGAAGGUGGCAUCAUCCACUGCGGUGAGGGGGUUGACCCGCUGGACCUGCCUGAGCAAAACAAGUCUGGCUACUUUAUGCAGCCACCUGUGAUCUCAGGUGUAUCUGAUAGCUCCCGUGUCAUGCAGGAGGAGAUCUUUGGCCCUGUCACCUGCGUCAGCCCCUUCGACACGGAGGACGAAGCUGUUUCCAAGGGCAACGGCGUGCGUUAUGGUCUAUCGGCCACUGUGUGGUCCCGAGACGUGGGGAAGGUUCACCGGCUGGCCAAGCGGUUGCAGGCAGGUUUAGUUUGGACCAACUGCUGGCUGGUUAGAGAUCUGAAUCUGCCCUUUGGAGGGAUGAAGAACUCUGGUCUGGGGAGGGAGGGAGGGAAGGAUUCCUACCACUUCUUCACAGAGGUGAAGAGUGUCACGAUCAAACACUAAAGCAGUGGCAGGCCCUGAUUAAGGAACAUUUUCUGUUAGAGACAGGUACAGAAAUGUGGGGAAAGUUUUGUAGUCAUGACAUUCAUCAACCUGUGUCAGCAACUUGGAAUUCCAACAACAGAUUUCUCAUCACACUCUCUCAGAUUAUUGAAGCUUGUAAUUGAGUCACAUUUGCAGAAUACAAAGAUUAGAGAAAGGCACAUUAUAACAAUACAGAUGGCAAAACUAGAGAUCUUAAAGAAAAGUUUACUGAGGAGGAAAUGUAUCACCAUGUUAAAAAUUGGAAUAUUCUACCUUUAUCAUUUGUUCCUUGCUUCCUAUUUUCUACCACAGUCCCCCAUUUCUGAGCAAAUUAAAAGCAAGUAGUUUUUGGUCUUGAAAUUAGAAAAAGUACCAACCAAACACGGUAAAACUAGAUAAGGUAAAAGCUUAUUUUCUAGCCAUUUCAAGAGAAGAAGUCAGGACCGCAGUUUAUGAAUUUAAGAAUAGCAGCGUAAUCCAACAUCCUUUAAAAAUUUAAACCACAGGUUUGUGUCCUGCAUGGCAGUUCAGGAAGUAACAAAGUAAUUCUGAAGAGAAGGGAUACAAACAGCGAUAAUACUAAUAGAAAAGUAAAAGAAUUUAAUUGUGAAGCAGGUAAACCACAAAGAGAGUUAAUGUGUGCUUUAAGCCACCAGACCCAGAAACAAAAUUACUAGCUGAGUUACACCAGAACAUAACAUGUAGACUGGAAUUUGUUCACAUGUUUUGUAACACAUACAUGUGUUGCCCUGGAUUAAAAUACCUUAUGUAAAAAUCA